CAUGGUCAUUUACCGAAUCUUUAUUGAUACGUGGCAAGCCCUCCAGUAGUCCAGAAGAACAGUUAACCAAAACGGCUCAAGAUUCGUCAUUUUGUGCAGGACCGUUACUUUUCAACCGUCAGAUCAGAAUCCAACACCUAACCCACCUCUGGUUAACCCAUCAACCCAGUUGGCCCACAGAAUAAUCCUUCAAACAGUUACCCCCAAACAUCCCAAAUAUUACCACUCGCCCAAUCCUCCCUGAUCUAUAAAAUGGAGCCUUUGAAGGAAGCUAGGUUUGCCCAACUGAAGAGCCUCAGGGCCUAAAAAACAAAAAGUACAAAAAAAAGUUCUCUCUCUUUCUCUCACUCUCUCUCUCUCUAGUUUUUCUAUUGUACAACAAUGGCGAACUCGUCUAGAAGAUCCAGUGGACCAGUUCUACCGAUGGCAUCAGUAAUCUCACCGUCGAGUCGAUUUGAUUCUUCGUCACCGUCCGAUACUCCGUCGUCAUUGAUAGAUCCAGGUCAUGUCUUCCACAGGUCUUCCUCACCGACGCGCGUGAAACUCCAUGGUCUGGCGUCCUCCUCUGUGCGGUUCUCGAUUGGUAGUAGUAGAUCGAGGUCUCCCAGCCGUUCGAUGGCGGUCUCGCCUCGAGAUCAUGUCUUCCGGAAGCCGAACUACAAUCCAAUCCGGAAGAAGACGUGUACGUGCUCGCCUUCGACGCAUCCUGGCUCGUUUCGGUGUAGUCUGCACAAGAAUUGUGAUUCUGGACAGUCGAUUUCGUACUCGCCGAACCGGUUGAACGCUCGCAGAUCGGUGAUGGCGAACUCGCUUGUGCGGAUUGGAACCGUGGAAGGUGACUUGGUGAAGCGAGCUUUGGCGCAACUUAUUCGGCCUUCCUCGCAUCAGCAGAGGCGGAGAGCUGAUUUUCAACCUAGGCACAGUCGGCUCUCGAUCGUGUCCACAGGCUAUGAUUUCUGAGACUUGCAGGUUUCCAGCGAUGAUUCCGGCUAGUAUCUGGCGAUUUCGGAUGGAUUGUUUGUACCACAGAGAUUCGAACCCCUUGUACAUAUAUAAUUUGCUGCAGCUGAUGAUUGGAAAUGAAGGAAAGUUUUGGACAAUUGCAUUU